CUCUAUUGCGAGUCGUUGAAUACAGCAAUCAUAUCUCACGCAGUAAAUCGCGAGGCUCUAUUGAUACCAUGGCAGGCUCACAUGAUAAUGCGACUAAGCAGCGCAUCAUUGCGCACAUGAACAAUGAUCACCACGACAGCGUCAUUCGCUACCUCCAACAUUUUGGAAAGGUGUCGGCGUUUACAGCUUACACUGGACGGAUGACGGACUUGGAUCUCAACGGCCUUGCUCUCUCUUGCCAAGGCAAGACGUACCGCGUUCCAUUCGAGCCGCCAAUGAAGUCUCUCGCAGAGGCCCGCGAGCGUACUGUCAAGAUUGACAAAGACUGCCGCAAGGCGCUCGGGCAUUCCGAUGUCACUGUCAAGACUUUUGAGUGGCCUCAAGGUGGUGGAGCAGUCGCUGCUGCCCUUACUCUCCUCACCUUUGUUGGAUUCAGUCAGCGAUGGUGGUUCGCUCCCCAGGGCAUUGUGGAGCAAUAUGUGGGCGCCUCCGCUGCAGCUCGCAUGUGGUCCAUCCAACCCUACUUGUUCUGGAUUCUUCUUGGAGUCCACGCCCUCGAGAGUGUUGUUCUUGCCCAGACAAAGUUGAAGAAGCACUCUGUGAACCCGAGGUCAACCGUCUACUGGCAAUGGAUCAUUAGCAACACCAUCGAGGGAUUCCCAUGCGGUCUUCGAUUCGGCAGGCUGGUGAAGAAGCUUGAGGCGAAGCAAAAUCAUUAGUAUACCACUCGAAUCAAUCCUCCUGCGAAUCCGUUGCGACUCAUUCAUUCACGAAUACCAAACUUUGGAAACUAGAUAAGACCCGUAGGGGAGAUACUAUAUAUAACGAAUUAUGUGUUCUGAGGAAAUUUUUGUACUGGUGCAUGCUGUUGGAGACAUGCGAAGAUUACGAAGGUCAACGGGUCUUGUUCCUAACACGCCUGGGCAGAAAUCACAGUAAUAAAACCAGGGUCACACAGACUG